AUGGCCUCCUGGAUCCGAAGUAACAUAAACGUAGGACUCUUGAACAAGUCCCUGUCCAGGAUGAGAGCCGUGGAUUUGCAGAUGUUCUCCCUUGGAAUGGAGAUGCCUCCGACCAAACCUAGCUUGGUGACCAUCUUUAUUUACACCAUGAUGACCAUUGGAUUCUUCGUCAAAACUUCACUCCUGCCUUCAUUCUUCAGCCAAAUCCUAAACCUUUUAUUCUAUUCUCCGUACGUUCUCAUAAUUUCGAUUGAGGACUAUGUAGACAGAAUCGAUUCCUUACUUCGGCUUCGUUUCGAUACCAUCAAGAAGCACCUACUUCAAUGUUUCGAAAUGGAUGAGAAGAACGCUGUUAAAGUUUUGGAAACAUUGAUCCUCUGUCACAAUCAUCUUUGCGACGCCUCAGAGAAAGUUGACGAAUACCUUUCCGUACAAGUAACUUCAUUAUUGUCUAUAUUUUUUCUUGCAUCGUUUUGUGAAGUUUACGCAACUUCACUUUUGUUCAAAAAUGAAACUUUACCUGAUAAGGGAUUGUUGUUGACAGAAAAAGCUAUGUGGUUUUUAAUUAUGAUCUCUGUCACUUUGCGAGUCUGUCACCAGUUUGCGACCAUCAGUACUGAGGUAAUUUCUUCUCUGAAUAUGACAUAA